GCGUUAUUGAAUCACAGCCUUUGAUGGUGUGGACAUGACAGCGCCGUCAUCUCAGCAGCAGCAGAGGCCACGUCCAUGUUUACAGCUUAGCGAAUGGUGUCAAAACACCUAAACUUGUGAAUUUUUGACAAUCGCUGUGUAUUUACACACUAGAUUAAGAUGCCUCUCAGACUUGAUAUAAAACGAAAGCUCACAGCCCGCUCUGAUAGAGUGAAGAGUGUCGAUCUGCAUCCCACAGAGCCAUGGAUGCUGGCUUCUCUUUACAAUGGCAACGUCCAUGUCUGGAACCAUGAAUCCCAACAGUUGGUCAAGUCAUUUGAGGUAUGUGAUGUGCCAGUCAGAGCUGCUCGUUUUGUUCCCCGUAAGAAUUGGAUUGUCACUGGCUCGGAUGAUAUGCAAGUCCGUGUUUUUAAUUACAAUACUUUGGAAAGAGCUCAUGCCUUUGAGGCUCACUCAGAUUAUGUGCGUUGCAUCAUUGUGCAUCCUUCUCAACCAUACAUUCUGACAGGAAGUGAUGAUAUGCUUAUUAAGCUGUGGAACUGGGAAAAGCAGUGGGCUUGCCAACAAGUUUUUGAGGGCCAUACUCAUUAUGUGAUGCAGAUAGUUUUCAACCCCAAGGAUAACAAUACAUUUGCCAGUGCUUCCUUGGACCGCACAGUCAAGGUGUGGCAACUUGGAUCCAGCACUCCUAAUUUCACACUUGAUGGCCAUGAAAAAGGUGUAAACUGUGUGGAUUAUUAUUAUGGUGGUGACAAACCCUACUUAAUAUCAGGAGCUGAUGAUAGACUUGUGAAAAUCUGGGAUUAUCAAAACAAAACAUGCGUCCAAACCUUGGAGGGCCAUGCUCAAAACAUUUCAUCGGUGUGUUUCCACCCAGCUCUGCCUAUUCUUCUGACUGGUUCCGAAGAUGGAACUGUGCGCAUCUGGCAUUCCGGCACCUACAGGCUUGAGUCUUCUCUUAACUAUGGACUUGAGAGAGUUUGGACCAUUGCAUGCAUGCGUGGAUCAAAUAAUGUUGCCCUAGGGUAUGAUGAAGGAAGUAUUAUGGUAAAGGUUGGACGGGAAGAGCCUGCUGUGUCCAUGGAUGUAAAUGGUGGUAAGAUAAUUUGGGCACGCCAUUCAGAAAUUCAACAGGCGAAUUUAAAAGCAAUGGGUGAGACAGAUGAUGUCAAGGAUGGUGAGCGUCUGCCUUUAGUGGUUAAAGAUAUGGGAAGCUGUGAAAUCUACCCACAGACAGUAGCACACAACCCCAAUGGCAGAUUUGUGGUUGUUUGUGGUGAUGGAGAGUACAUAAUUUAUACCUCAAUGGCUUUGCGUAAUAAGGCCUUUGGUUCUGCCCAAGAGUUUGUGUGGGCUCAAGAUUCGUCUGAGUAUGCAAUUCGUGAGGGAUCCUCAACUGUGAAAGUUUUCAAAAAUUUCAAGGAACGGAAAUCUUUUAAACCAGAAUUUGGUGCAGAGGGCAUUUUUGGUGGCUUCCUUCUUGGUGUGCGCUCAGUUGCAUCAAUGACUUUCUAUGAUUGGGAAAGUUUGGAAUUAGUGCGUCGGAUUGAUAUCCAACCAAGGCAUGUAUUUUGGUCUGAGAGUGGAGAACUAUGCUGCUUGGCAACUGAUGAUAGUUACUUUAUUCUGCGGUAUGACGCUAAUGUUGUUUCAAAAGCCCUUGGUACUAAAGAUUUGAGUGAUGAUGGGUGUGAGGAUGCAUUCACGGUGUUGGGUGAAGUGCAAGAGAGUGUUCGCACAGGAAUAUGGGUGGGCGAUUGCUUCAUUUACACAAAUAGUGUUAAUCGUGUAAAUUAUUAUGUUGGAGGAGAAAUUGUGACAGUCUCACACCUGGACCGCACCAUGUACCUUUUGGGCUAUGUUGCGCGUGAUAACCGAUUAUAUCUUGGAGACAAAGAACUGAAUGUGGUUUCAUAUUGCCUAUUGCUGUCUGUAUUAGAAUAUCAAACUGCUGUGAUGCGAGGUGAUUUUGAAACAGCGGACAGAGUUUUACCAACUAUUCCUCAGCAAUACAGAACAAGAGUGGCUCAUUUCUUGGAAAAGCAGGGCUUUAAGCACCAAGCUUUGGCAGUUUCUACAGAUCCUGAGCAUAGGUUUGAUUUAGCUCUCCAGUUGGGAGAUUUGGAAACAGCACUGUCUCUUGCAAGAGAAGCUGGAGCCCAACAGAAAUGGCGUCAGCUCUCAGAAUUAGCUUUGAAUAUGGGCCAGCUAGAACUUGCUCAGGAAUGCCUUCAUCAUGCUCAAGAUUAUGGUGGAUUGCUGUUGCUUGCAACUUCUUCUGGAAAUGCAUCAGUAAUGAAGCAGGUGGCAGAAACGGCUGAUGAUCUUGGUAAAAACAACGUGUCAUUCCUCUCAUACUUCAUGCUUGGAAAUUUGGAGAAAUGUUUGGAUAUUCUCAUCACCACUAAUAGAAUACCAGAAGCAGCAUUCUUUGCAAGAACAUAUCUACCCAGUAAAGUUUCCACAGUUGUAGGCCUGUGGAGAGAUCUCCUGAAAUCAAAAAAUCAGAAAGCGUCUGCAUCAUUAGCAGAUCCAAAGGAAUAUCCAAACCUGUUUCCAGGCCACUUAGAAUCCCUAAAAACUGAACAGUUUUUGAGGCCUGAACGCCUUGCUCAGUUACCAGCAUCUGCGUAUCCUAUGACACCAGCAAAUCAUGAUAGAAACCCUAUUGCGGAAAUGAAAGCUGGUGAAGCCAGUGGUCGAUUUACUUUUGUGCCUGAUGAAGAUUGUAAAGUCUCUGAUGAUUUGGAUGACGAAGAGAUGCCUGAGGCUAGACCGUCUGCUUCUGCCCCUGGAAAGGUGUCCCCUCCGAUGAUACCUACCCCUGCUUCCAUUCCUCAACCACAAUCUACAACAACAGCUCCUCCUAAACCAGCUUUUGUUCCUCUGGUUCCAACUCCAGCACCUGUCUCAAAAAUGCCUCCACCUCUCAUUCCUUCAUCAGCACCUUUGCCUGAAACAAAGGCCGCCACUGAAAGUAAACUGAAGGAGUCUUCUAAGAGCAAUUUAUCAGAUGAGUCAUUAGACUCAGACUUGGAUAUAGAUCUGGAUGACAUCGACCCUUCGGAGCUUAAUUUUGAUGAUGCACUGUCUUUGGAAGACUGAAGUGUCUUCACUUGUAUCAUUAAAGCAUAUUGGAUUAUUGGUCAUCCAUUGUGCAUAAUUAUAAUGAUAAUGAUUGUUACAGUCCUCAGACCCCUCUGUAAAUAAAUUGGUAUGGAAGUUCUCUCACAACAGAAGACAAUAUUUCUACUGAUUUUCUCAUGAUGCUGCAAUAAGACACUGGUUGUUGAUUGUGAAAAUUGUUGAUGAUUCUUAAAUUCUUCAUAUUCUUCUGUCAUUUGAAAGAACAUUCCUCCUGUCAUUGGGACAUAUUCAAUGUCAUUUUGGAUAAGUGUUAUUGUCAAAUAGUUCUUGUAAAGUCCUUGGAUUCCUCUGAUGAAAAUAUUUGUCCAAAAUUUAUUUAUAGUUAUAUUGAUGUUUGGGAGGGUCUAGUAACUAUUUAGUAAUGAAUUGUCUUUUAAAAUUUCUCCUGUUUUGUGAACUUUAGUGUGAUGCAUUAUGUGCACACUUCUUGUAAAAUAUGCUGUUCUCUUAAAAGAUCAUUACGUGUCGUUAUUUUCUUGUCAACAUAUUAACUGCUUUUAGUAUUAUAGGUAAUAUAUUUUUAAGAAAUCUUGAUACACUGAUUGUCAGCAACCAAAUUGUGGUAUAAAUUGUGUUAUGAAAUUGUCAUAAGAGCCUGCUUUUUGCACAUAUGUUUGGGCCAGGAGUCUGUAUGAAUUCUCAUCUGUUCCAACAUGAAUCAUCCAGAUGAAGUUGAAUGGUUUCCCCUCUGACCCCAAACCUAAUGUAGGUGAUUUGUACUCGAAGAAAUGAGAGCUCGGACAGACUCCAAGAAAUAACCGAAAACAAGAAUCAAAUCUACCUAUCUGCAUCUCACUCCCCUGUGGUUUGUUUGUUGCCAGUCUGAGAUUGAUUUGUUAGAAAAUCAUUACAUAAUUGUUAUAUAUCCUAUUGGAUAAAUGACAUGUUCUUGAGCAAUCUGUUUUAUGUCAUUGUGAUGUGCAAAAUCAAGAUUAUCCUUGCAGGGUUGUUGUGAUGGCAUUUGCAGCAAAAACUGAAUUUUUUCAUUACCAAUAAAAAUAUUUUAUUAUCGAA